UGGAUUUCCCUCACAAGCAAUAUCGUUGGUUUGAUAGUUCAUUCUUCUGACUACAGACUUAUCUUGAAAAGAAUUGAACUUCAAAUCAGUGAUCACCUUUUUCGAAACGAAAAAAAAAAAUGCCUGGUGGCUCACCACUAAUUCUAUUCCUUCAGAAGGUUUUCUGGGCAAUAGGUAUCGUCUCCAUCAUCUUCAUUGGCGCUUUCCUGCUUGCAUUGCAUCGGUCGGGUCACAAAAAGCAUCCAGUCAUCAUUGGAUUCUUGAUUACCUCUUGGUUUACAGCUUGGAUUGCACUCUUACCAUUCUUUGGAAACGUUUGGGAGUAUUCACUGUCACGACCACUCGUCCAUGCAAAUGUCAGAGUCGGUCCUCCACACACCAUUUGCCAAAUCAAUGCUGUUUUAUUGGCUUACCUGUGGACAGCUAUCCCCGGAUUCGGCCUGGCUUUCGUUAUCGAAGUCAUGAGGAUGCUGAUAGAGUUCCUUAGGUUUUCAAAAAUCGACGUCCCAGAUCAAACGCCUAAGAAACCGAAUGGUGGAGGUUUCCGCAGGAAAGGCUCAGUGGACUCUAAUUGCAGUGACGCGAGUCAAGGCAGCUAUUCAAGUGAAAUCCAUCUUGUUAAAUCUCUCGAAAGCAUCAAUGAGGAAGGACAAAGUUUACACUCCAAUCGAUCCGCUUCCAGGACAUUAAAAAAAUUGUGGAAGUUACAUUGGAAAAAGUUGAAUACUAAUUCUUUUCUCAACGACAUGACUCUUUUAGCCGACCAGUUUACCUGCAAUCCUCCCGACCCGCUUCUGCGUCGUAAAAAGGCAUUCAUUCUUCUCUGCCAUCUUGUACCAACAAGUGGUCUCGGAAUUGCCUGCUUGAUUAUGUACUUCGUUUUGAGACACCGAACAGCAACCGGCUUUUACCGACGGAUUCACUACCCUUUGCUCAUCAGAUUGAGCGCUUUAUCCGCCCUGAGUGGCCGUGCUUUUCGUGGACCAGGAAAUCAUCAAAGAAUGGAAGUCUUGGCUUAG